AUGGCGGAUAUCGACCCCGUAGUUGAGAAGAGGGUGGUACGCAAGUUCGACAAGCAUAUGGUGCCGCUGCUGGCGACGCUGUAUUUGUUGGCGUUUCUGGAUAGAUCGAAUAUCGGAAAUGCCCGUAUUGCUGGUUUGGACACGGACCUCAAGCUCAGCAGCUCGCAGUACCAGUGGCUUCUUACUAUAUUUUACAUCUCGUACAUUGUCUUUGGGUUCCUGACUAUCAUGUGGAAGGUGGUUCCUCCUCACAUCUGGGCGUCCACUUGCGUCCUCGCUUGGGGCAUCGUCUCGACUGCACAGGCUGCAACGCAUAACUGGGAGGGCAUGAUGGCGCUCCGCUUUCUGAUGGGAGUUGCGGAAAUUGCAUACGGACCUGGAGUACCCUACCUACUCUCCUUCUUCUAUCUGAGGCACGAGCUAGGCUUACGAUGCGGAUUGUUUUUGUCGGCUGCACCGCUGGCGAACACGUUUGCUGGAGCGUUGGCAUACGGUAUUACGAGUGGCGAUCCCGGAAUGGCGCAAUGGAGAGUCUUGUUCUUGGUGGAAGGCUUGCCAACAAUCGUCAUGGCUGCGAUGGCGUGGUUCUUUCUGCCGGACAGUCCCGAGAAGGCAAAGUUUUUGACGGAAGAGGAGAAGGCUGUUGCGAGGGCUCGUGGCGUGGCACAAGCCGGUGCUGCAACGAGAAUUGGAAGUAUCAAUUUCAAGGAGAUGUUUGAAGGGCUUUUGGAUCUUAAAGGAUGGAUCUUGGGAAUCAUGUACUUCUCCGGCAAUGUAGCAUUCUCCUCGCUACCCGUUUUCCUGCCAACUAUUCUGGCUGAGAUGGGAUUUUCGAAAGUCAACGCUCAGGGGUUGACGGCACCGCCCUUCUUCCUUUCGUUCCUCAUGGUCAUCGCGACGUGCUAUAUCGCUGACCGAACGCAACAGCGAGGCAUCGUAAUUGCUAUACUUACCGCGAUUGGUGGUGCUGGAUAUGUGAUUUUGGCUACAACCAAGACAGUGGGAGCAAGAUAUUUCGGCGUGUUCCUUGCAGCAGCCGGUAUCUUCCCAGCUAUUGGCAAUGUCCUGCCUUGGGUCACCAACAAUCAAGGAUCCGACACAAGACGAGGUACUGGCAUUAUCAUUCUGAAUCUCGUCGGGCAAUGCGGUCCACUGCUGGGUACUCGCUUGUAUCCGAAAUCAGAGAAGCCUCUUUAUGUAAAAGGACAGUCAGUGUGUGCAGGAUUCAUGUUCCUGUUUUGCAUCCUAUCUCUUCUGCUUAGGACUGUGCUUGUGUGGGAAAACAAGAAGCUUGACAAGAAACAUGGGACGGUAGUGGAACAGAAGUUGGCGAGACAGGAAGCGAUAGAGCGAGGGGAACAUGUGCAGGACAUUACAUUGGAGAACUAUGGCCCGAUGUUCCGCCAGGCCCACUAA